AUGCCACAGCUAACCUAUGUUAGGCAAAGCAACCAAGUAAAUCUCUAUCAUUGCUUUAAUUUUCUAUGUGGAUUUGUAUCUACAGGACAUAACACUUCAUCUGUGGAUACCUUUAACUUCUUAGGAUUUAGUGACCAAUUGAAUAUUCAUGUCAUUCUGUUCCCACUAUUUUUGUCAAUGUACAUUAUCACUGUUUCUGGAAACCUGGGGAUUAUGCUGCUCAUAUGGACAGAUUCUCAACUUCACAACCCAAUGUAUUUCUUUCUGGCUAAUCUUUCCUUUAUUGACUUUUGGUAUUCUUCAGGAAUCACUCCUAAAAUGUUAGUUGAUUUACUAUACCAAGAGAAAAACAUAUCUUACUUGGGAUGUGCCUUUCAAAUGUAUUUUUUCAUUGCUUUGGGCAGUACAGAAAGUUUUCUUCUGGCAGCUAUGGCCUUUGAUCGUUAUGUUGCCAUAUGCAAUCCUCUGCUUUAUUUAAUGAAAAUGACAAAGAAGAUGUGCAUUCAGCUGUUGACUGGAGCAUAUGUAGGUGGCUUUGCUCACUCUUUAAUUCAGACAUGCACCACUUUUCGGUUAUCAUUCUGUGGCUCUCAUCAAAUUAGACAUUUCUUUUGUGAUAUCCCACCACUGCUAAAAUUAUCCUGCUCUGAUAUUAAAAUAAAUGAAUUGGUUUUAUCUUUAUUCGCCUCUUCUGUUACUGUAAGUUCCAUUAUUGUUAUUGUUAUAUCAUAUGCUUCCAUUUUAUAUGCCGUGCUAAAAACUAGAUUGUUUCAGGGACGACGCAAAGCUUUCUCAACAUGUGGCUCUCAUUUUAUUUGUGUCAUUCUUUUUUACAGCACAGUUCUCUUCAUGUAUAUGAGACCCAGCUCAAAUUAUUCUUUAGACCAAGACAGGAUUAUCUCUAUAGUUUAUACGCUGGUUAUUCCCAUGCUGAACCCUCUUAUAUACAGUCUACGAAACCAUGAAAUGAAACAAGCUCUCAAGCGAUGUAAAAAGAAAUGUUAUCGGCGAACAUACAUCCAAUCCUGA